AAAGAGAGAAAAAAAGCCCUAACCCUAACAUUCUGAUUUCUAAGCACUCCAAGAUGGAGCGACAGAGUCAAGGAGGAAUGUGGAUGAGAGGCGAUACCAUUGCUCGAGGGAGCUUCGGCACUGUUUCUUUGGCCACAGCAAAGCAGAAAGCCAACAAGCGUCGAAACCAUCUCCCACCAUUAAUGGCUGUGAAAUGGGCUGAGGUCUCUCGCUCCGGAACGCUUCAGAAGGAAAGGGAGAUACUCACCAGGCUCGAAGGAUGCCCUCACAUUCUGCGCUGCUACGGAGACGAAAUCACUAGGGAGAAUGGUGAGCUAACCUAUAAUGUCUUGCUGGAAUAUGCCUCUGGAGGUAACCUUGCUUCUCGGAUUAAGAACUCCCAUGGCGGAUUGCCUGAGGCCGACGUUAGGCGCUACACCCGCUCGAUUCUUCAGGGUCUUCACCACAUUCAUGAUCAUGGUUACGUUCAUUGCGAUAUCAAGCCCCAGAAUAUUCUGCUGGUGCUUUGCUCAUCUUCUUCUUCUUCAGACACAAGUCAUGAUGACUGCGUCGCCAAGAUUGCUGAUUUUGGUUCCGCCAAGAAUACCAUGAGAGAACAGAGGAAGAGGAAGAAGGAACGCCACUCUUUGAGUUUGAGAGGAACCCCUCUUUAUAUGUCACCGGAAUCUGUUGCACGUAAGGAACAGGAAGCCCCCUCUGAUAUAUGGGCUCUUGGAUGUCUUGUGGCUGAGAUGAUUAGUGGGAAACCUGCCUGGAAUUGUGAGUCUGACAUGGAUGUUGAUGAGCUUCUUUCUCUGAUCGGCUCCAGCAGGGAAUGGCCCGAGACUCCGAGUAAGAUGUCCAAAGAAGGAAAGGAUUUCUUGAAGAGGUGUUUUGUGAGGACUAGCAUGUUCAGAUGGACAGCCGCUAUGCUUUUGCAUCAUCCAUUCGUAUCAGAGAAUGUUCAAGUUCAAACUGCUCCAGAAUUUCCCAAUGAUACAAAGGUUCAAUUAUCUGUGAGUAUUGUCGAAGAAUCUGCAGUGGGAGGUCAAAAGCGGAGGAGGAUCAAUGACUCUGAUGAGCCUUCUAUUGGUGAUGACAGUUUGAAGCCAGUAUCAAAGGAUUCAAUAUCUUUGAGAGUGGGAACUAAUUUCAUGGCAGAGAUUGGCGCCUUCUUUGUGGGAGUAAAACAAGCUCAGGAGUUAAAUAUUGACAAGCUUUGGAUUGAGAGCGACCGGCAGCAGUGGUAUCAUCCAUUCUUUCUCGCAAGAUUCCAUGGUGCUUCAUGCAGACAUGGUGGUCGGUCACUACUUUCCUUGACUCCAUACAGUGGAGAACCACCCACUGUUACCGGGAAGCGAAUGCGGCUGCAGAUGCGCUAG